GCGGCCCUCCCCAGGACGAAGAAAACCUCUGUGAAAGACUACAGAGUACCAACAAUGGCGUCCCACUUCCCCUCGCUCGCCGGCCUCCUCGCCCCACGCCCGCUGCUCCUCUACGCGGCCACGUGGUCCGCCGUCGCCGCCAUGUCCGUGGCAGUGGCGGCUCUCGCGCCCGAGCUCGCCUACGUCUGGGGCGUCGCGCCGGGAGCGCCGCUCACCAAGGCAUGCCCCGAUGGCAGCUUCGCGGGCGGCAGCAUCGGGCUGCCGCUCGAUGGGCCGCCGUGGGACGCCGUCUGCGUGCCCGCCGGUCUCUUCGGCCGGACCGUGCCCGACGUGGUCGUCCCGCUUGUUUUCGCCGUCGUGGUCGUCGCCGGCGCCACCGCCUUCACCGCCGCCGUCGGCGUGUGGGAGGACGAUGAAGACGACAUCGAGAUCACCGAGGUGGGACAGGUGUAGUAGACUAGUAGUACUAGUAAUGACGCUAGACCACUCGAGAUGUACUGCUCUCCAGUUUCAGAAAUUUGUCAGCGGCAACAAAGCAGAGACAAGUCUUUCUGAACUUUCCGUCAA